GGCUUCUUGUGACCAAUCAGGGCUACCUACUAAAGCAUGCCGAUCAGCUGUUCCUGAUGUGUGGAAAGACGGGUGUCUCCUACAGCCAUCCAGAAGAGCUGCUCAAGGAUACGAGGGCACCUGCCACACUCAUGCUCGGCAACUCUGGUACUUCGGCGUUGGAGCGCGAGAAAACCAUUGAAGCUUACGACGUCCGCCGGGGUGAAUCCACAGCAAAAAUGAUUAAAGAGGAGAAAAAUGUAUCCACGAAGAGCGCCGUGAAUGUGUUGUGGACCACAUUGAAGUUGUGCGGCUGGAGUCUCUGGCCGGGCGUGGUGUGCUUCGCGGUAAGCGCUGUCACCACUUCGUGGCAGCUAGUGUGGAUCAAAGACUGGACGGACGCAAAUCGACCGGACAGUGCGAGCAGCCCUUAUGAUUCCCGCUGGAUGCGUGGACUGGUGGGUUUGUCCGUCGCGGCCGUGGCCAGCCGCCUAACGGGAAGCGUGCUGCUCUCCUUCGCCAUGAAUCGACUGUCGUGCGCGCUCCACCACGAAAUGCUCGAACGAGUGCUGUUCAGCCCAGUGUCGUUCUUCGACACGACACCGCGAGGGAGGAUCUUGAAUCGAUUCACCGCUGAUCUCAGCGGAGUGGACAACCGCAUGGCCACACUAAGCCGCCAGAUGGUUCAGAACGGUUUGGUGGCCCUCUCCCGGUUGGCGGUCAUCGGGACGGAGAGCACUGCUGUCAUCGUGGUCGGUUUGGUGGUGCUCAUCGUGUUUGCCGUCGGCACAGCACUGCUGACUCGUGCGGUGAACGCAACACGUUUCAUCCGAAGCGCUCACUUCUCGCGCCUGCUUCAGCACGUGACGGAGACCGUGGACUCGCUGACCAUUGUGCGAGUAUUCGGCAUGAGGGAGCGCUUCUACGAGCGCUUCUGCCGCUUAGCGGACCAGAACCUCCGCGUCUCCCUCGCCUCGGUCACUUGCAGCAGACUGGCUCGGACGUUCGCGAUGGCCUGCAGUCAGACCAUGGUGCUCGCCACGCUUGUCUUCACCGUAGCAAUAGGCGGCGAAGAGUACGGAGACACACCGCGAUCAAGCAGCAUCGGGCUGACACUGAACUCUUCGUUGGCGAUCCCUAUGACUAUGGCGAUGCUGUGCGUCACCUUCCUAGGCAUGACUCAAAUUAUGGUUUCCCUGGAACGGGACAUCGAGUACACAGAGCUGCCAAUAGAGAAUGACGUCGAAUAUAUUACCAUCGAGGAAGCACCCAAUGCCAAAAGGAAUCCGAUGGCCAGAGACUCCACGGCUAAGCUGCAUCAAGUCGACAAGACAUGGCCCCUUGAAGGCAGCAUUAGUUUCCAGGACUUCUCAGCGUCGUACCGACCAUCAAUGCUCGAGGACUCUCUCAAACACGUCACCUUCACUGUGAACGCGAGGGAGAAGGUUGGCAUCGUAGGCCGCACGGGAGCUGGAAAGUCUUCCCUGGUGCUGGCUCUACUGCGCCUGCUGAAGAGCACAGGCGGGCGCAUCGUCAUCGACAACGUAGACAUCGCAUCGGUGCCCCUGAACAGGCUACGCACCGCCAUCACAGUUAUUCCUCAGGAUCCAAGCCUUGUGCGGGGUACGCUGCGUGGCAACCUAGAUCCCACACACCAACACUCCGACGACGAGCUAUGGCAGGUACUGCGUCAGGCGCACCUCGCCGACUUCGUUUCCAGCCAGCCGCGGAAGCUGCUACUCGAAACGGGAGACGGAGGAGGGAACCUCAGUGCUGGGCAGCGGCAGCUGGUGUGCUUGGCACGCGCCCUGCUUCGAAAACCCAAGAUCCUGGUGCUGGACGAGGCUACCUCGCACAUGGAUGGUGACACGGACCGCAUGAUCCAGGCGACGCUCCGAGGCAGCUUCGCGAAAUUUACACUGCUCACCGUGGCCCACCGGCUGCACACCGUGCUCGACUACGACAGGAUCCUCGUUAUGAGCGAAGGCAGCGUUGCCGAAUAUGCAACCGUGCAACAGCUUCUCAGCGACAGCAACUCAUUGUUCUACGACAUGGCACGCAAAGCAGGGGUCGUGUUCGGCGACUUACCACCGAACAAGUCGUUGCAUUCGUCGGAAACUCACACCCAUCUCUAAUCGUACCUCGGUUCUUGGAAUGUUUAUCACUUUGGGCACACGAUUAAAUGUAAAGGAGGCGUGUAUGAAAGAAUGUGUGUUUAUGAAGUUCUCUACAAGGUGGACAUCACGUUCUAGCAGAAAUGUUUCAAUCUGUGAGUAGGCUUCAAUAUAUAUAUAAUGUGGGCCAGCUAUUUCAUGCAGGGCGGUUAUCAUUAAGUAAGGCUUCAGACAAUCGACGCUAGUCACCGAUAGGUGAGCCGCUGAAAAGUUGCAUGAUAUUGUUACUACGAGACACAGCAAAUUAAAAAAAAAAGAAAGAAGAGAGGCCGUUGGAGGGUAACAACCUAGGGAACAGAAUUUGUUUAAAAUACAUGCUUUGCAACGCUUAAGUUGAUAGCCCCCUGCGUUACACCCUUCCGAUCACCCAAGAAGAAAUUCCUUGAACUGUUAAAUAAUCAAACAUUAGAAGUGGUGGGUAACAAUUCUCUGUGCGUCUGUUUCAGAACUUGAAAGCAAUCGUGUUGUAUAGGAACGAUAAAUCCUACUGCUCAACGCUUGAUGUGCUAUUACGGGUACAGGAAACGAUGCAUACACAUAUUCAUGACAUAGUACACCUACACCACUCGUCAUCUAGCGCUGAGUAUGUUGUGCCGCUUCGCUGGCUUCUAGCACACUGCUAAAGGGAAUGUGAAGCCAGAGAUGGCCCGUAAGGGUCCCCACCACAUGACAUUUCUAAAAG